AGGGGAGGCCCAUACCUUCCGUCCCCAGACUCCAACCGAUGACUUUUUGACUCAGAUUGGACGUAUAUAGUUUCCCCUGUUCGCGACGGCAGCGUGCUCUUCGUGGGAAGAUUUGUAUCCGCACAUCGUAGUUGAGUUCAGUGAUGCAUUGAUUCAUUCAAUCUGUUUCGCUCCGUCAAAUACUGGGACUGAUCACUUGUUUAUGUGUGGAGAUGACUGAAAAUUAGGGUUUAAGGGAUCUUCUGUUGUAAAAUUUUCCCUAUUGCAGGAUGGAUAUAACACAAUUUGAUCCCAGGACCCUGACUCUUCUGGGGGCAGGAACUUGUGUGAUGCUAAGUAUGCAUUUCACAGUCCAGCUGCUAUCACAACAUCUCUUUUACUGGAAGAACCCAAAAGAGCAAAAGGCCAUUAUAAUAAUCAUACUUAUGGCCCCCAUCUAUGCACUUGACUCUUUUGUUGGCCUGGUCGAUAUUCAAGGAAGUAAACCCUUCUUCACUUUCCUUGAUUCAGUUAAGGAAUGUUAUGAAGCACUGGUGAUUGCAAAGUUCUUGGCCUUGAUGUAUAGUUAUCUAAACAUAUCAAUUAGUCAAAACAGGGUGCCAGAUGAGAUCAAAGGAAGAGAAAUUCACCACUCAUUCCCAAUGACCCUCUUUCAGCCACAUGUGGUCCAUUUGGAUCAUUAUACAUUAAAGCUUCUCAAGUACUGGACCUGGCAGUUUGUCAUUAUCAGACCUAUGUUCUCCAUUUUGAUGAUAUUGCUACAACUUCUGGGGCUGUACACCAGCUGGGUCAGUUGGACAGUUACAAUCAUAUUGAACAUCUCAGUGUCCCUGGCACUUUAUUCUUUGAUGGUGUUUUAUCAUGUAUUUGCAAAGGAAUUGGCACCUCACAGGCCUCUCUCCAAGUUCUUGUGCAUCAAAGGGAUUGUCUUUUUUUGCUUUUGGCAGGGUAUCGUAAUUGAGAUAUUGGCUGCCGUGGGUGUCAUAAAAUCUCACCAUUUCUGGCUGGAUGUUGAGCAUAUUGAAGAAGCAUUUCAAAACGUUUUGGUAUGCCUAGAGAUGGUCGUCUUCUCUCUUAUCCAGCAGUAUGCAUAUCCUGUUGCUCCUUACAGUGGAGAUAUGCCCGGAAGACUGAAAUCAGGGAAAAAAGACUAAACAAAUCUGUUCCCUUUAUCUCUCCUGUACUCGUCGUUUUCCUUCUUGUAUGUUCUUGGCUGACAUCUACAUGUGAUGCUACUAAAUUUUCCUUUCCCUUUGUUCUCAUGAACGUUUGUACUCAUAGUGUUGUACUGAGUUCGACGCCGGCCGAAAAUUUUGUUAUGAUUAAUGCAAUGGAACAGGAACA